CUAUAUGCAGUGCACCCUGGCCAAAUACUAUGGAGAAACAAAUGACUGAAGAAAUUCGUCUUUGCUCUUAAAGCGGCUUGAUGGGGCAACAGAUGUAGAUGAAUAACAUAAGGGAGUGAAUAAGUUAGAAAGUUUCAGGUUGGGGAAUGCUGUGCCUGGGCUCAACAUGUAACUCACCAGACCCAAGACUCCCUUCCAUUCGUGAAGUCCCAGAAUUGUGGACGUUAGGUCUGGAGAGACGGAAGCAGUCUGGAUGGACAAGCCAGUUUUAAAUUGAGUCCUGCAGUAACUUAUCUUGAAUUAAUACAAGUAGAGGGGCAGACAGAAUUUAUUUACUUUUCCUAUGUCUCUUUUCUAAACAGGUAUAUUUCUUACUAGCUAAGCAACACAAUGCAAAACACGGCGAAAACAAAUAAAAAGGACAUUCAAGAUGAGCCACGCAAAGAAGUCAAAUUGCCUACCAAUGAAGCACUUCUAGACUAUCACUGUCAAAUAAGAGAAAAUGCAGUAGAACGAGUCAUGGCUCAAAUAAAAAAACUUAGGGAAAAGAACCAAAAAUAUCAUGAAAGAAAUAAACGCUUAAAGCAUGAGCAGACUUGGCACUUACAGAACCUGCUAAAGGAACUGAGGGAAGAGAAGUCAGACGGAUUACCAGUUGUAACAAGAGAAGACGUGGAAAAAGCAAUGAAGGAAAAAUGCCAGUUUGAAAGAGACCAGGAACGAAACUUAAAAGAAAUGCGCACGCAAAUAACUAAUGCUGAGAAAUUAUUUCUUGAGAAACUCAGUGAGAAGGAAUAUUGGGAAGAGUACAAGAAUGUAGGGAGUGAACAGCAUGCUAAACUCAUUAUCUCCUUACAAAAUGACAUCAGUAGAGUUAAAGAGAAUGCAGAGAAAAUGUCAGAACACUAUAAAAUCACUCUGGAAGAUGCUAGAAAGAGAAUUAUCAAAGAAACUUUGCUGCAACUGGACCAAAAGAAGGAAUGGGCCACACAGAAUGCUGUAAGGUUCCUUGACAAGGGCAACUAUAGAGAGAUUUGGGAGAAUGACUGGCUAAAAAAGGAGAUUGCAAAUCACAGGAAGGAAGUUGAAGAAUUGGAAAAUACUAUUCAUGAACUGGAAGAAGAAAAUUUGGUGCUUAUUGAUCAACUAUUCAACUGUAGACUUGCGGAUCUCAAAAUACCCAGGCAGCUGUAUCUCACCCAAGCUGCUGGACAGGAAGUGCCACCUGAGGAAAAGUAUCUGGAGCUGCCAGAAACCUAUAUAGUCAUCCCAGGAAAGUCAGAAUUGCAACCUGUGGAAGCAAAGAUGAGCUCCUCAGUGGAAGGCAGUCCUUUACACCUUAGUGACAAGGACAGCGUCAGACACGGCCAGCACCGGCAGACGGAUGAAGAGGGCUCACACACCAAGUCUGGGGCCUCCGCUAUGAAAUAUUUACUGUAUGAGGAUGAGCAGGAUUUCAAGGAUUAUGUAAACCUGGGCCCCCUGAAAGUGAAACUCAUGAGUGUUGUGGGCAAGAAAAUGCCCAUUCAUUUUCAAGAGAAGGAAAUUCCAGUCAAAUUCUAUGAAGAUGUCAGGAGCCCGGAAAGCCACAUCACAUAUAAAAUGGUGAAGUCUUUCCUCUAACAUUGAAAGCUACAAAGUAAAAACAACAUCUUUUCCUUAUACAUUUUCUUUAGCAACUAAAAAGUAUCAGUUGCCCACUGAAUUUACAGUUUGGUCCAUUUUUAAACCAGUUAUUUCUAAAGGUCAUAAUUGCAUUUAAAAUCAAAGUUCCAAGUAUCCAGCUAUUCAUUUAUCUGCAUAGCAUGAGUGACAAAAAUGAGAAUACACUUUAUAUUUCCAUAUUCAAAUAUUCAGAAGCAUGACAGUGGGCCCAAGAUGGUCUCUGAGGUUCCUCACCACUUAAAAAUUCCCUCAUUAAUCUAUGAUUCUAGUAUGAAAUAGCUCAAUUAGAAAUUCUUCUAAGACAAUAUGUAAGUUUGCAUAGCACUGGAUUACACAUCUUUCUCUCUGUGGGUGCCAAACGAGACAGCUAGUCCACAAUUCAAGCCUAUUCUUCUUUACCCAAACACUACUUCUAAUGAAUAUAACACAUUGUAGAAACAAAUAAAUUUGAGGGUGGUAGUUUGUUGUACAAAAAUAUUGCACCCAUAGGGAGAUAACUCUCCAAUCAGCUAUAUCAAGUAAACUGCUAUGUCCUUAUGCAAGAUCAUUACCACUUCCAUCUUAU